UCAAGGCAUUCUAGAUACAGCAAUAGUCAGAGAGAAUGGUUCACGAAGAGGAGCUCAGUUUGGACCAAGUCAAUCCAAAAAUUUCGCCUUUGCACGGCGCACUGAGGCGCACCUGGUGCGAUUUCUGUGCCACGAGCAGCAUACACGGACUGAAGUACACACGCGACAAGGACACGAACCGUCUGGUGCACUUUGUGUGGAUACUCAUCUCGCUGGUGAUGUUCAUAUGCGCCAUUGUCAUGACGCACACCUUCUAUGUGGACUAUCGAAGCAGUCCGACUCGCAUGAAUGUGGAGAGUGAUCAUACGCCCGUUGGCAAGCUCUACUUUCCGCCCAUCACCAUCUGUCCCGAGGUGCUGUUCAAUAUGGACAAGUCCAAGGCUUACAUCGAGACACUCAAGCUGCCGGAGGGUGUCCAGGUGGCCGAUGUGCUGCAGCAUUUGCACAUCUUUAGCGGCUUCAUGCUGGACGAUGCUCGCUUCUCGCCGGCAGAGAUUGAGCUAAUGGAGUCAGUGCUGCUGGACAAUAAUUUGACCAUGGUGCAAUUUGUGGAUCGACUGCGCUGGGAUUGCCAUGAGCUACUGCAUCGUUGUCGUUACCAUGGAGACAUUAUGGACUGCACGCAGCUUUUUCAGCUAUCGAAGACCUUCUUUGGGCACUGCUGCUCCUUCAAUCUGCGACAGCACGGGUAAGCCUACAAAAACCCGCUUAUCGAAUGGUUUUGCAAUGCUUUGCGCCCCAUCAGCCUCGAUUUCACUGCCCAAGCGGCGGCCGGCGGUCUGGACAAUGGCCUAUCCUUAAUAUUACGCUACAAGGACGAAAACUAUGAUGCACUGCAAUCCUAUUCACAUGGCUUCAAGCUGCUCAUCCAGGAGACAGACGCCUUUCCUAGCGCCCAUGCCGAUUGCAAGUUUCUCGGUCUCAACACGGAAUCCUUUGCCACGCUGCGUGUUGUGGAGACCUUUUGUUCAGAGGCGGUCAAGUCGCUGCCCAUUUCGCAGAGGAACUGCGUCUUUCGCCACGAGUUCCGUUUGCGCUACUUUUCGGAUUAUGUUUAUCCCAACUGUGAGCUCAACUGUCGCGCUAAGAACAUGGUCAAGCUCUGCGGUUGUCACACCUAUUUCUUUGAGUUCAAUCGCACCAAGGAUCGCGUUUGCACCUUUCGCGAUAUACCCUGUCUGGUGGAUAAUUUUCGUAGGUAUCUCAAACUAGAUUACAGUUAUUUGCCACUCACUUCCGAUAUCAUAACACGGAGGAAAAAGACUCAGUGCAAUUGUCCUUUAACCUGUGAACACUUUGACUACGAUGUCCAAAUGUCGAACUUCGCUCUGAUGCUGAAUAUGCCCGUGGUGGAUCCUUUCUACAGCGGCAUCGAGAAAAACGAUGCCAUCGUUCACAUAUUUCUCAAUUCGCAAGUUUACCGACGUGUGCGCGUCGAUUUGCUCUCAAAUAUGGUCACCCUAGUCUCAAAUCUGGGCAGCGCAUUCAGCCUAUUUGUGGGCAUGAGCAUGCUAUCCCUGGUGGAGAUCAUUUACUAUUUCACGGUGAUACUGCGCAGAAAUUAUGUACAGGAAUGCCGUGCACGGCAGAAGUUACAAACCUUGCACAGGCGUCCGAACUUUGGCUGGCCAGGUGACAAAAAUAGCAAUCAGCAGAAAUCUGUUUUCUAUAUCAGAGGUCGUAACUAAUCAGCUCGGUUAUUGAUAAGCAUUUUGAACAUCAACCAUAAAUUAC